ACAUAAAACUUUCAAACCCUCAAAUAUCCCAUGAAGGGAAAGUCAUAUCAACAAAAAUUGCUUAUAAGAAUCACCUCUUCCAAGUCACUAAUAUUUAUGCUCCUUCAAAUAGUAAGGACAGAAGAGAAUUCUUCGAAAGGUGA